GAAUAAGUUAACUAGAACUGAAAACUGUUUCAGUAGAUUUCAAGAAUGCCACGCACCAAAAUAGGUAAGCGCAAACGCCUGCUGCAGCGAAAGGAAGCAGAGCAGGAGGAGCAGCUGCGCAUGGCCGAAAUGAAGCUGGAAGCGACACUGGAGAAGAUUGAUGAGCUGGGCAAGAACUGCAUCCAACAGGUCAACAAUCGAAUGCAGCUAAUCCUCGCACGCACCCACAAGCACGUGCUGCAGAUGAAGUGGAGCGCGUUUCUCAAGCUCCAGCUGGAUCACUUUGCGGACUAUCAGUGGAUAGCCGGGCGAGGUGGCUCUGUCUACGGCUGGCAGCCCACUUGCAGUACAAACUUUUCCAGAUCGCUGUGCCAAUUACCAAAGUGGGGUUGCUGAAGCUGCAAUCGCAGAAGAUGUCGAAGAUGGAAUGCGAGGUGCUCAAGCAGUUGGAUUCCUCGAUUUUGAAUCAGAUCAGCACAUUCAAGGACCAACAAGUUGUGUGGCGGAAAAUUCAAAGAAUUCAUUUUUUUUUUGUUAUCUUAUUUUAUUAAUUUAUUUAGU